AUUUCUUAAAAAAUGGAUUUGAAGAGGGAGUUGGAAAAGGACUUCAGUGAUCCAAAGGAUUUGAAGAAAGCCAUACAAAAGAUUUGAGAAAGAAAAGGAUGGAGAGUUGAAGAUAUGAAGAAUCUGAAUCUGACAGAAGAUGAUAUACCCAAAUCACUUACAAGACAUAUAGUCUGGGAAAAGGAGCAAAAAUAAAGCUAUUAAAGAGUACCAAAAGUGAUUGGAAUCAUACCAGGAAUUUCUUGACAAUUUUACUUUGGAUGGCUACAAGUCUGAUAAGCUCAAGGAUGCUUUAGAUGAGGCAAGAAAAAGAAAAGAGGAGUUUAAAGCUGAGGUUAAGCAGAUAAAAGAAAAAUACCCAACCAAAUUCCAGAAUCUAAAUGAAGAAGAAGAGCUAAAAAUAAUGUCAGAUGCCUUGGAAAAUGCUGAGGCUUGCACCAAAAAACUUGAGAAGAUUGAGGAAAAAUAAAAAUGAAGAGAUGAAUAACAUGAUUACUAGAUAUUAUGAAACGUAUGAAACUCAAAAAGAAGAGGUUGAUUCAAGCCUGAAGUCUUUUGAAGGUGACUUGAAAAAGAAAACAAACGAAUUGAAGGGAAACCUUUUGAAAAGUACUGGUCAAACAUUCAGAGAAUUCAGAGAAAUAUUUAAGAAUUUGACGUCAGAAUUAGCUAAGGUAGCUGAUCAAAAUGCUGAAAGAGAAUUAGUAGCCGUUCAGAAAAUACAAGAAAGUGAAAUUUUGAAGGGCAGCAACCUCGUGGUUAAUAAAGAUAAGGAAACAAAAGAAGAGAAAAUUAGUUUUAAAAUAAAACCACAAGUUAGUUUAGCAGAGAUGUUACAACAGUUGUAUGCCGAAAAUUCUGAUGCAAGAAGAAAUCCUCAGUUUUACAUUAAAAUAAAAAAAUUUCUAAAAGAUUUAAAGGCUAAAGUUAAAACAAUAAAGAAAAAUGCUUCCAUAGAAUGAUCGAAAUGAAAAACAACAUUUAUAGUGGAAUGGUCCGAUACCAGUUCAGUUAUUAUUGAUCUUAUAUCAAAUCAUAUUGAGGCAAGGGAAAAAUUAGAUGAAAAGACUGAAAACUAUGAAAAUUAUAUAAUCGGUGCCGAAGAUAAAUUUCAUAGCGAAAUUAAGAACUUUAAGGAACUUAAAUCAGAACUAGUUUCAAAACAUGAAUUGAAUGCAGAAAAAAUCAACAAAGAUACAUUAUCAAAACUUUCAAGAAAUAUUACUAAGAUCCAAAAGAUUUCAGAAUCAUUAAAUGAACAGCUUAAAAUAAUUGAAAAUGAUAAGGAAAGACAAAAAGACUUGAUCAGCAAAAUUAAUGGAUUUCAAAACCUAAUCAGCAUCACUCAAGAGACCCUUGAAACUUAUGUUGAGUGUGGCAAUGAGAUUAAAGAGAAAUCGGAAAAAGAAACUAAAUACAGCCAAGCUCUUAAAGAAGUUAAGAAUUAUGAACAAGACAUUGAGUAUCUUAAGACUAAUAAGGAAAAUCUUGAUGAAUUAAUUAAAGGCAAAUCAAGACCCUUGAGGAAAAAGAAGAUUGACAAAGCUGAAGCAACUGAUAUUUAUACAUUUAUGUAUCGCAAAACAAGAAUAACUGUGAGAAAGAACGAUCUUGUGCAAGAAUAUGUAGAUGCUAUUGUUAACCCAGCCAAUGAAGAGCUCAAUCAUGCUGGAGGAGCAGCAAGAGCUAUUGCCUCUAAAGCUGGGCCUGAAUUUGAGAGAGAAUGUGAAGAUUAUAUUUCAGAAAACUAUAAAUUGAAAACAGGAAGCUCUAUGGUUACAUCAGCUGGUGGAGAACUUAAAUGUGACUAUGUUAUUCAUACUGUUGGGCCGAUAUACGAAAAGAAUAAGAAGAAUCAUGCAAAAGAAUUUGAGCAAUUGAAAAAGUGCUUUGAGUCAAUAUUACAAAUAAUGAUUGCCAGAGACUUUUAUGAUAUAUCUAUUCCAGCUAUUUCUACAGGAAUAUUUGGAUUCCCAAUUAAGAAAUGUGUCGAAAUCUGUGCAAGCACCAUUAAAAAUAUGAUUAAUGAAGAUCCUGACGCAUUUAAAGAAAAAGAAAUUAUUCUUUGUAACUUUGAUGAUAAAACCACAAGUGUUUUCCAAAAAUGAAUGAAAAAGUGUAUGAAUCAAGAAAGCGAAGAUGAAGAUAGUGACGAAGAAAGAAAAGACGAUUACGAAGAUGAAGAAUCCCGAAAAAUGAAUAAGAAUAUUGAGGAGGAUUACUUCUCAGACGACAAUGGAGCUCUUCAAGACAAUCGUGAUGAAGCUCUAUGCAAUAAUAUGGAUAGUGACUACUAAAUCAUCUGCCCUAUCAUUUUAGACAGAAUAUAAAGCUAUCUGGUUGGAAUAGCUAUUGAAUUUAGUUCUAUUCUGAUCUAAAAUGUUUGGAGUGUCUAACUCCAUUUUUAUGCUGAAUAAGACAUUUACAAAAUUAUGAAAGUCAUUCUU